AUGGCCUUCGCCGUUCCCGUUGAGAACCAGGUCGAGAUCUCUCUUCCUCCAGGUUGCAGCAAAGGCGACCUUACCAAGUGCGCACUUCACUUAAUUGGUACCACUGCCUCUUGUGGCGCUGCCGUUAUCGAGCUUGGUGCCAAUCCAGCUGCCGACCUCAGCUGCAUUGGUUCUGCUGCUAGCACUGCGGCAAAGUUUGACGAGUGCAAGCACUGUAUCCCCCAUAAGACUGCAGUUAUUGAGAAAUAA